ACUCACAUGGACACACCAGGCAGUGAGGCCAGACAGCGAAAUCAAGUUUUAGAAGGCAAUGUGAAGAAUAAGAAGGGACUAUAGCAGACCACAAUGAGUGGUUUAUGCAGAGAAAUUAUAACUUUGCAGCUUGGACAUUAUUCAAAUUUUGUCGGAACUCACUGGUGGAAUUUGCAGGAUGCAUCACUUUGUUAUGACCUGGAUACGCCCCUGGGCGAGCUGCACAGCGACGCCAUGUUCAGGGAGGGCGUCACACUCCGCGGGCAGGUCACCUACACGCCCCGCCUCAUUGCCAUGGAUCUCAAAGGAAGUCUUCUAACAUUACGGCAGGAAGGAAUUCUUUAUGAAUCGGAAAAAGACUCGAGUGCCUCCAGCUGGGAAGGAGAGGUGGUGUCACACAAGCACACCCCACCCACCAAGAAUUCCUUUCUACAAGACCUGGACAAGUUAGACAAUGGGGAUAUUCUCUCAGAAGUCAACUUGCACAGUGCCCAGCAGCCAAAUAAUUCUGAGACGGUCAACAGCAGCAUUGAGCGGGCCAAGAAGACGUACAGCCUGGAGGGGAGCGUGAAGGUCUGGUCCGACUUCCUCAGGCUCCAUUUACAUCCAAGGACCAUCUCAGUCAUUCAUCAGUACAACCAUGAUGGUGAGGCGGGCCGCCUGGAGGCGUUUGGCCAGGGGGAGGCGCUCUGCAAAGGACCCCUGCUGGAUGAGCUGGAGGACAAGCUGCAUUUCUUCACUGAGGAGUGUGACUACCUUCAGGGUUUUCAGGUGUUGUGUGACGUUUACGACGGCUUCUCAGGCCUGGGUUCAAAGGUCACGGAGCUGCUACAAGACUCCUAUGGGGGACGCGGCAUCUUGACCUGGGGAUUGACACCCACCACUUACCCAAACUCUACACCCAUUCGAGAGUACUGCCAUAUGAUGAACUUUGCUUUGGGAAUGCUAAACAUGGCCAACCAGAGUUCGUUUUUCUGCCCGCUCACGCUCAGAGGGGGCCUCGGCCCACGCCCCGCCCCCGUCCCCGAAUUCACACACCUCAAUUAUGAUCCCACUCUGUGGUAUCACUCCAGUGCCCUUCUGGCCCUGUCUCUGGACACCAUGACUGUGCCUUAUCGCUUGAGGCAGAACAGCACCCCCAUGUGGCAGAUGGCAGACGCGCUUGCUGUUCGUGGGAGGAAGGUGGUGUCUGCGUAUGGGGCCAUUCCACUCCCAGUGCAUCAUGGCACCUAUCUGUUGGAUGACCUCGAUGCUGCGUCUGAUGGGUUGCCGUGGAAACCGCUCUCAGCUUGUCCUGAGGAACCAAACGGAUCCUGCUACGGUCAGUCGGUGACACUCAGGGGUCUGGAGAAGAAGUGUUUGGUCAGGCCCCAUGUCCCAGGCACUCCAGCUUCAGCAGCCCUGGAUUACUUCAGCGAUGAAGAUAUUUUGGCAUCAUAUCUCCAACCCCACUAUCCAUCUAGCCCAAUGGCUGUACAGUAUGUUCCCAGUGCUAGUAAGUUGACGCCACCCUUCCCACAAAUCUUCAGCCAAUCGGUCAAUCCACAGGGCUUAUUAUGGAAUGUCCGAAACAUGAGUGCAGCAGCGGCGGCGGCCUCUCCUCCUCCAGUGCUGAGUGUUCCAGUGUUGACGUCUCUGCAGUCCUCUUCAGCGUUGGGCACGUGGCUCUCCCAGCUCCAGAGCACGGCGGGCCGGCUGGACCUGCGGCGCAUCGCACCCAGCUUCCUGGCACACGGGCCCGAGCUCAGCGACAUACAGGAGGCGAUGGAACAGCUGCGCGACCUCGCGCACAACUACUCUGGCAGUGACUCUGGCAAACUCCAAUCCUCUUCAGAAGAUGAGGACACUGAUUAAGUGUUCAACAUCCUGGUUACAAAUGAGAUAAUGAUAUUUAGCAUUGUGCUUUUGCGAGAUAUUGAAUAAGAUGUCAUCAAUUGACGUCAAGCCUUGCGCCUUGCGCCACAAGGCUGAAGGUGGCCUCAGAAAAGCUGCAAGGAAGUAGUUUGACUUGGACCCUGGGUGUCUUUAUUUAUCUCCACAUGGGAGAAAUUUGUCUCUGAGACCAGGGAGGGAGGUUGCUGCCUGCAUGAUGGGUAAUGAAAAGGAAGGAAGUUCCUGCUUGAGCUAACCUGGGGUGUGUUUCUCGAAACCAUAGUUGUUAGCCAGGUAGCAACUUGGGUAGUUGUCAAUGGGAAAUUGCAUCGCUAACAACAAAGUAGCUAAAGUAGUCAGCCACUAUGGUUUCGAGAAAUGCACCCCUGCGCUGAUCUUCCCUACCCACUCAAAGUGGCUUAGGGCACUUUUUUGUGACUUGUGAACAGAGACUUUCUUGCAUAUCUCCAGUAUUUGACUCAGAAAAAGGUCAGUCACCAUGACAACUAUGCACAUUAUGCUUUGGUACUAUACCAGAAGUAAAUCAAGAUUUCUGUCCUGUAAUAAAUGACAGCAACAAGCAUUUCAAAUUUCACAGACUGUUUUCAUAGGAGUUGUAUUCAUUACUUUAAACCCAUUCUACAAACCCCCAGAGUUCACUUAUGUUGAUGGACAGAUUCUGGCAAGUUUUGUUUUUGAAAUGUUGCUUUGAACAAUGUGUACAACAUAUUUUUUUUUAUCUUUCAGCUACAACUGUAUGAAUUAAUGGCGAUCACCUUGCAUGUAAUGGUAGUAAUGCUCUCUACGUAGCAGUAGGUGCAAAUUGCAAUCAUCAAAGAUCCUUCUUCUCGUAUGUGCAGUGUUUUCCCCCAUCCACAAUUAAAGCCUUUUCACAAGAACA